AAGGGCAUCCGGGCUUCUUUAAAUAUAUAUUUAUGUUCUGGAACUCGUAGGACACAUCAGCUAAUUGACUACCGUCCUUCAGCACUCAUCAUAAUGGUAUGUCUUCAUAAACUUGUGGCACGCAACCACAAAGAAAUACCUGCAGUUCAUCAAAGGUCCAGAGAAGUGUCUUGGAGAUGAUCCGCUGAAGGAGACUAAUUAAUGGCAGCGAGCAUGACAUCAACCCCUCAAAUGAGCAAAGAGCAGAAUGUGUGGUUUUGUGUCAUGUUUGUGGUUGGCCUGAAUGACGUCCACUGGUUUGGACGCCACAGGACAAUAUAAAGGACACUUGUUCUUUCCCCUGGGGAGAUAAGAAGAUGGCUUCCCUUCAUACAAGCCAGAAGAUGCCGUGGGUCCCCACCAACUUACAGACAGCUGCUGGGAAGGACAUGUCUAACAGGAAAGUCCUGGUGCUGGUUUUGAUGUUGCUGCUGUCUCAACUGGCCUGUGAUGCUCACAGCGUGUCUGAGUGCUGCAGACAACCACCUCGCAGUUGUCGCCUCCAUGUGUUACUUUGUCGCUCUGGCAGCAAAAAUCUGGGGGGAACGCUCACAGGAGACGCUGCUGCUGGCAUUCUCACCCUGGGUAAACGGAGAGAAGAUGAUCGCUUGCAGAGCCGACUCCACCAGCUCCUCCAAGGCUCCAGGAACCAAGCAGCAGGGAUCCUGACAAUGGGCAAGAGGACUGAAGAGAUGGGUAGAGAGCAAUACAUAGACUGGAUGACUCAGUCAAGAACCCUUACAACGCCACUGCCCAUUUUAAACUAA